AUGCCCUCCUUCCUCAACGACGAUAACUCGCCCAUCUUUUCUGCUGAAGCCGACCUUCUUAACCUUGACCCUAACAAUCAAUUUGGCCUCGAAAUCGACAAAAAAAAGGCAAAUGGGGUCUCGAUAGCCCAUACCCAGCCUGAACCCAUCAACGAGAGCUUUGACGAGAGCUCCACUACAUCCACGCACGACUCGGAGACAUCGGACACGAACCAUCUUCCUAUGAAUGGGAACAGCACAAGACCGACGAGCAUGAGCUCGCUCGCUAACGGAAUCAAUGACUCUAGCGCGAAUGAUGCUUAUGAAAAGUCCACCAUCAAGGCACUGCCAAACGGCACUUUGGCUCUUCCCGAUCGAACCGCUCCAAAGCCACCCGCAUCGGGCGUUAAUGGCAACUCAGCUUCGGAAACGACUUCGUCUUAUCUACAUCAAAAUUCAACUGCUCUUGGCUCACCUGUCGUUGCGUACCAGCAUCAAUUUCAUGACCACAAGCCUGCACCAUGGGCCAACGGUGCAACCUUGACCCAGGACUCGGCACAAGCUUCAACCCCAGAAUCUGACUUGAACGACAAUGAUGGCCAAACAUCGCCUGUUGCAACACAGGUAUUGCCAGUUUCUGAGCUUGUGCCACAAAAGUUUUCGCCACAUCGAUUUUCCUCACCUCCAGCAUACCAAUCAGGCGGCUCAGCAUUGACCACCUCGCCGUCGGGACAUCUUCAACCCCCACACGCUGGGUCUCUAAAGCAGAGACAUACUCUCGAGAUAUCGAAGCCUCCUCCCGGCCGAGGAUCCAAGGAUGGGCUAGAUGUCGCGCAAGCUAGUGGGCGAUUCUCUCCGACUGUAGCUCCGAUCGGACAUCGCCGUGCUUCACUAAACCUAGCACGGAGGACAACUCGAUCCAUGCAGUCUGACGCACCUCGAGAUGAAAUUCUACCCGAUGAGGAUGCUAUUCGCUGGGCCGAGGUCUAUCGCCAGAAGCGGGCUAGUAAACGGAAGCGAAAAGAGGAGGAAGAUGAUGAUCGCGUCUUGGUCGGCACCAAAGUUGACGAGAGCCAUGCCAAUUGGGUCACGGCUUAUAACAUGCUGACCGGGAUCCGAGUGUCUGUCUCGAGAACAAACGCUAAGCUCGACCGAGAACUCACGGAUGCCGACUUUGAAGCAAAGCAAAAGUCGACGUUCGACAUCACCGGCAACGAACUGGUCCCUUCUGCCAAAUAUGAUUUCAAGUUUAAGGACUAUGCUCCUUGGGUGUUCCGACAUUUGCGUGCCCUGUUCCGUCUCGACCCCGCCGACUACCUCAUGUCCUUGACUGGGAAAUAUAUACUUUCCGAGCUCGGCUCUCCUGGCAAGAGCGGCAGUUUCUUUUACUUUUCCAGAGAUUACAAAUAUAUCAUCAAGACGAUUCAUCAUUCUGAGCAUAAAUUCCUGAGGAAAAUUCUCAGGGACUACUUCAACCACAUUCAAAACAACCCCAACACACUUCUUUCUCAGUUUUAUGGCCUUCAUCGGGUCAAGAUGCCAUAUGGCAAGAAGAUCCACUUUGUUGUCAUGAAUAACCUAUUUCCACCUCACCGAGAUAUCCACACCACUUUCGACCUGAAGGGCUCAACUAUUGGCAGAGACUACAGGGAGGACGAUUUGGAAAAGAAUCCUCGAGCAACGUUGAAGGAUCUGAACUGGUUGAGACGACAACAGCACCUGGAGUUGGGUAUCAGGAAGAAGCGGCUUUUCUUGGAGCAACUCCAGAAGGACGUUAUUCUACUCAAAAGACUGCAAAUUAUGGAUUAUUCACUACUUAUUGGUAUUCACGACAUAUCACGCGGAAAUGAGGAGAAUUUACGUGACAAGACUCUACAGGUCUUUAAUCCUGGCGGCGAGAAGACGACAGAUGAUGACCCGCCCUCAGUGCUUAUGAGGACGCCGUCUAAGAUGGAGAAUGUCCGAAAAGCUCGAGAGCUAAGAGAAAAGAUUCGCGCAGAGCGGCCAAUUCCCAUCGGUCAGGCGUUGGACAAGAUGCCUGAUGAGUUGAGAGACUUCCAUACCCGGCCUGGGUUUGUUUUCAACCAGGAUGAUGGAGGCUUUCGAGCGACGCACGAAAACAAUCAACCUGCAGAUGAGAUUUACUAUUUGGGAGUAAUUGACUGUCUUACACACUAUGGAAUGAUCAAAAAGAUUGAACAUUUCUGGAAAGGCUUGUCACAUGACCGGUCACAAAUCUCGGCUUUGCCGCCAGAGCAAUAUGGCGACCGAUUUUACAAUUUCGUCGAGGGGAUUACCAUGUCAGCAGAGGAAGCUCGAAGGGAAGCUUUGCGAAGGGAACAGGAAGCGAACGAAGGGAGGGUGUCCGCCGACAAAUCAGCAAAACGACACUCUGCACAGAGGUAUAGCCAUGGGGUUCCUCCAAUGCCUGAUCAUCUCCCACCAGCCCCGCCAACGAGUGGUUCGUCAGCAGAAGUGCGGGAAACCAUGCAGAAGGCAUCAAAAGAAGCUAAAAGGACCGAAUCGAGUGGUGUAUUAGAAACAGAUAUACCAGACCGCGUUCUAACGACCGCCAGCUCUCCUGACAAGCGCGAGUCGUUUCCGCAUGAACCGAUCUUGCCAGUAGUUGAGGAAGCGGCUGAGGGUAGCCGUAAUGACGGAGGGUCAGUCUGGGAUAGGCCGAAGAACCUCAGAAACGGUAAUACUAUCCCUCCACCGCCAACCGGUCCUCCACCACCGACGCCCCCUAAAGAACGCCCACCGCCACCACCCCUAAAGUCCGAUGGCCAUGAGCCCGAUGGCCAAGUCUUGCGACCGAGGCUUAGCAAGGAAAGCUUGAAUAAAAACCUGCCCCCACUGCCCAAGGAUGAGGAGACACAGGACACUGGCGUGCGCAUGGUUUAG